CUCUCGAAAAGAUGGCGUACGUCAGGCACGUAGCUGUUGUAAUGGCAUUGGUUCACGCGUCAUCACAGUAUUGGGACCUUGCCAUGACCACGUCUCCACGGGGCCCUGUCGUCGAGGGCACUGAUGUCUUAUGCACCUGCAUCAUCGACAGCGAUCCACCCUCUGGCGGGUGGAUUCAGUGGCAGUUCAGCCUUGAUCAGAUAUUCUCAACUGAUCUCACUGAACCGACGUAUCAAGUAAUCUACACGAACCUGACUCUAGGUGAGGUGCACGGAAACCAAUCUGGCUGGUACCGAUGCGCUGGGAGCAGAUUAAUGCCUUCGUCUAAUUGGAAGCCAAGAGCAUUCUCGAAGUGGACGGCUGUUAAGAUCUUUUAUCGCCCUGAAAUUACGAAUAAAGACAGGACGUGGAUUGGCGCUGACGAGAACCACCCAGCUACUUUAGAGUGCGUCAUCGUGGGUAAUCCCCUUCCUACGGUCAUGUGGUACAGUACCAAAGACACUGCAAUAACUAACGACACUGAUCCUGGUCGAGUUUACCUGAAAGAUACCAUAUCUGGAGAUGAAAUUACGGGAUUUUUAAUCGAGAGUCAAUUGACCAUCUUCACAGUGCGGAGCACCGACUACGGAAUAUACAGAUGUAGAGCUGCCAACAACAUCAGUUUGUAUGAUGAACAUGAAAUACAUUUGAAUAAUACAGGAAAGCCUGAUGCACCAAAAAAUCUUCGAGCAUAUUACGUUACAGAGAAUGAUAUGCGGGUGGUUUGGGCACCAGGUUACGACGGUGGCGAGACGGUGGAGUUCUAUUACAUCAACAUUCGCGUCAUUCCCCGAGAUUUCGACCCUCUGGGCUGGAAUGAACUCAACCCAGACUGGCCCCGUGGUCAUUUCAGUGACCUCAAACAGGACACGCCCUAUCAGGUAGCCGUGUACGCCCAAAACAGACAUGGUUCAGGUCCUUGCGCAACGGUGGACAAACGCACGAAACCCAAUUCACCGUUAUUGCUGGGUAUCCGUGUGUCAUACCGCGUGGCACAAACGACGCUCUUUGUCGCCGGCAUGCCGAAGGGCGACAAUGCCGGGACCUGCUUGCAGUUGACGGGCUAUGACGUUGAACACAACGAGUGGGUGAGUCUGAGGCCAGACCUGGACUGCAUUCAGCAUGACGGCGAAUUUCAGUACUCUGGGCCGCAUGCCGGUCAUAUGCAUUGCCGGUACUGCAGGGACGGGGUGUGCGGCAAAGAAUCCCAUAUAACGGAGGAGUACUUGUCCACUGCUCCAGGCCCCCGGCCACCUCUGCCAACGUGGCAGAAUGGCAGAAACAGGGAUGCAACUGUGUUUAUAAUGGCCGUGUUUGGCGUCUUCCUACUCCUGUUGGCCUUCCUUGCGUUCUGGUACCGCCGCAAGUUGCGUGGCUGUGUUAAAACCACCUCUUCAGAAGAGUGUGCAGGAAAUGGUGCCCAGCCAAACACCACCAUAGGGGUGGAACACAACUCAAGCGAUGCCCCUCCAAGUUACUUAGAAGCAAUUGGAAUGCGUUGUCGCAUCAUUGUCGACGAUUAUGAUAAUCCCCCACCGAGGUAUGAUUAUGUAUUAUCGUACAGCCUCCAGCAGCAGGCUGAGGAGGGAGAGGAAUAGCAUUUCUAGGGAUCUUGUGGACUGUGGUCUCAGCGAAAGAAGGCAUAUGGUUAAUGAAAGUGUGGAUAUUUUUAUGAAUCUGGGAUAGGGGGUGGGGAAAUCUUAUCUGAAUAUAAAAUAGUCAUUUUUAAACUUUAUGUCUUAUGCCGUAAGUUGACUUUAAUAUUUCUUCGGGAAUUCUUUGCCUAAAUUUGGCACAUUUCAGGAAAAUCUGUGCUUCCAAGCUAAAAGGUUGAACUGUUAUAGAAGAACACUCUUAUGAAAGAUCUUACAUUUAAUCAUACCUUUGUGUGACAGUUACUGAAGUACCAUAACUUGGAAAGUUUUCCAUGUCCUCGUUUAAAGAUUUUUUUAGGUACAAUAAUAUGAUAGUCGUACGGACACAGAAUUGAUGUCAAUUAUUACUCGUAAUGAAUAAAACUUUGAAGAGCAGUAUUUCUACUUUGAUUGCUAGUUAAGAGUUCAAAUACUGCCAGUAGUUACAUGUACAGUAUGUAGUAAAAGGCCUACAUCUAUAAAGUACUUCAGUUUUGCAGGUAUGUUUGCCUAUGUACUCAGAUAAUAAGUGCUUGUCACUGAAAUACUAAGAAUACAGUAAACAAAUUUUAUACGGACAAAUUACAAACAAGUGUAGAUAACAAAAUGUAGUUGUACAUAUAUUUAGCUAAACUAUUCUAUCUGGCUGAUCAAUUCCAUCUUGCCAAGAUUUUGCUGUAUCAUUGCACUGUAAACACAAGAACGUUUAAUUAAUGCGUAAAUAAACUAAAACCAAUUAAACAUUUGAACACA